CAAAUUACAUGGUACACUGAAAAUGAUCAACUCAGAAAAUGCUGUUGCAAGCUACAGGUCAACUGACCUGGACUCCACGUAAUAUCAAACCAGUCCAGUUAACCAUUCAGGUGAAUGACGGCUUCAGUGGAUCAUUCAUGAAUGUCUCUGUCCUAAUGUGCAGUUGUAUGAAUAAUGGCGACUGUGAUUACAGCACCAUCACGCAGACUUACCCGAUGGGCAAAUUCCAGGUUGUUGGUUGUUUAUGCCCAGAGAUGUUUUCAGGAGUAUUCUGCUCAGACUUUCAAGAUUAUUGUAAAGGUCAGCCUUGUUUCCCGGGCUUGAAAUGCACAAACCAAACAAGUCUACAACUUUUUCAAUGUGAUAGAUGCCCUUCGGCAACAAUUUCAAAUGGGAAAGAGGGAUACAAAUGCUUCCUCAAUGAUAAAUGUCUUCCACCAUUUCCUUUCCCCUGCCAUGAAUUAGCCAACUGCUUCAGCACUGCUGACAGCUAUGUUUGUCAGUGCAAGCCAGGGUUUACAGGUGAUGGAAGUAAUUGCACAGAUAUUGAUGAAUGUAAGAACAUGACCUUUUGUUCCAGUGCUAAGCAUGAAUGCAUAAACACCUUUGGCUCUGUUCGAUGUGCCUGCCGGUAUCGCAGUGAAGAUGGUUCUGCAACUUGUGAUGAAACUUUAAAUCCACCAGGUUGGAACAUAUUCAAAUGUACACUUAAUUGGAAAAGUUUAAAGAAAUCUGAAGACCUCUUGAACAUUAACAGUGCUUCAUUUAAGGACCAGGCUAAAAAAUAUGCUGAAAAGCUUAAUAAUAUUCUGAGCCUAGGAUUUGAAAAUAAAUUUUACAAUCUCAGUUUAAAGUCGUUCCCAGAUGGAGGCCCUUCAGCUGAAUACCACGUGAAUGUUUCCAGUGAUACACCUCACUGGUUUGUUCGGGACUUUUUGAUUCAAGUUGCUGAAUACUAUGGAGUUCAGCCAUCACGUAUUUCAGUAGAAGACUUAAAUGAAUGUGCCAGUGGAGAAGCAGUUUGUCGUGGAGCUGCACUGUGCAAAAACACUUAUGGUGGUUACAAGUGCAUUUGUAAUGGAAGUGCUGAAUUGGAAUCCCAAACAUGCUACAGCAAUGCCACAGUCACCGCUGGUUCAAAGUACAUCAACUAUAACCGGUUGUUGAUAGGCCUGGUAUUGGGACUAGGAAUCCCAAUAAUCCUACUCCUACUGGCUCUACUAAUCUUUUGUUAUUGCAUUAGAAGGAGAGUAAAAGCUGACAUUGCUACAACAUCAAAUGGAUCUGUACCGCAAGGGAAAUUACUAAAGCCUGAUUACCAUGUUGAAACUCUUGUGUAUAAUGUACAUCAUCUACCUUCAUAUAUAUAA